AUGGAAUGCCAUGCUUCUAGAGGUCAAGUGGUUUUGCCCGUAUUUUACUUCAUUAGCCAUUGGUCUCUACGUGACCUGAGGGAUGUUUCUUUCGAAGUCAUUUUUCAACAAGCUGGUGACAUCAGCAGGGAGAGACAAUGGCAGUUUGCACUGAGUAAUGCAGCGCGUUUAGCAGGCUGGGAUGUUUUAAAUUACAUGUAUGCAUAUGCUUUUUGGAAGGACAGAGACUAUGUCACAGAGAUACUAAAUGAUUGUGAACUUCAUGCUGAUAUUGGAAUAACAGUCCUGCUAGAAAGGAGCCUCAUCAAAGUUGAAAAGUAUAACAAACUUGGAAUUCAUGAUUUGCUACGAGACAUAGGUAGAAAAAUAGUUCAUCAAAUUUCACCUCUAGAACCACAGAAGCGCAGUCGAUUGUGGGUUCAUGAUGAUAUAGUUGAUAAAUUGACAGAACAAACUGCAACAGGAGUCAUUGAGGGAUUGGCUUUGAAGAUGCAAAGAACCAGCAGAGUUUGUUUCAGUACUGAAGCGUUUGAGAAAAUGAAGAAACUGAGACUUUUGCAACUUGAUCAUGUGUACAAACUUGCUGGAGAUUAUGGGAAUCUUCCCAAACAACUGAGAUGGUUGCUGGAGAGGCUAAAAUUCCUUAAUCUUAGUUCCAAGCACUUAUCAAAGACCCCAGAUUUUUCAAAACUACCAAAUCUUGAGAAGCUCAUUCUCAAAGAUUGUCCAAGCUUGAUUGGAUAUGUAUCCCUUCGUGGAUAUGAAGGAUUGGCACGUGAUGUAUUUCCUACUCUCAUAUGGUCAUGGAUGUCACAUACAGGAGGUUUUUCAUCCUGUAUUCAACCAUUUGGGAUCAUUCCAACAUCUAUUGUCUCCAUGGAUAUACUGGAUAAUUUUCAAAUAACACAAGAACUAAGGAUGAUUCGGGAUGAGUUAUGCAAUGUAAAUUUUUCUGAAUCGAAAAACGCAUAUUUAUCACAAAUUUCAGAAAUGUCUAUAGUAUCACAUUUGACUGGAAUGGGAAGCUGCCACCAAGUCUUCGAUAUGCUUAGCAAUAGCAUAUCAGAGGCCUUGAGAACCAAUGGUUGCACUGAUUUUGUCCUUCCAGGGGACAAUUAUCCUUAUUGGUUAGCCUAUACAGGGAACGGUUAUUCGAUAUAUAAGCAAGCAACAACAAUGACCUUCACUGAUGAAGAUUGGCAGGGUGUAAUAUCAAAUCUAGGACCUGGUGACAAUGUGGAGGUUUUUGUAGGUAUUGACCAUGGAAUCACUGUUAAGAAAACAGCAGUGUAUCUUAUAUAUGGUCAGUCAAUUACAAUGAGAAUAGAGCCACGUGAGCUGAGUGUGACUGUCACCUGA